AUGGAGACGCCGUACCAUGGCGACGGUGGGAACAUGGUCGGCGGUGACAGGUUUCCCAUCGGCAGUGAUGAAGCGAACAUGAUACGUCAUAUUCCACUCCCUAUCGACGACUCCAGCCUGCAGGCCGACCAGGCGUCGAUUCCGAUGGCCCUCGAACAAAAAAUCGAGAGUUGGUCGACGUCAGAAAGAGACAUCACCCCGGAUGCACCCACGUACACUCUUUCACCACCUCGUCCUCUUCUUCACCGUCAUCAGUCCGAACCGGUGCGUGCUUCCGCAGUUUCCCCCGAGCCGGAGUCGAGCAGCUACGCCGCAUCGGAAAGGAUAACCGCCGAGCUGCCCGAUGUGCCGCCUCCCCCCCGCAGUGAAGCGUUCGUGGGCCCCGAGGACGCGAGACCAACCGCCGAGCCUCUCGAGCCUGCUGCUGUCGAGCCGGCUUCUGUCGAACCUCCUACUGCCGGACCUCCUGUUGCCGAAUUCAACCCCGCUGCCGAGCCUCUCCUCGUCGAAACCCUUGCUAUCGAGCCGGCUUCUGUCGAACCUCCUGCUGCCGACCCUCCUGCUGCCGACCCUCCUGCUGCCGACCCUCCUGCUGCCGAUCCUCCUGCUGCACCGCCUUUCGCUGCCGGACUUCCUCCUGCCGAAUUUCUCGCUGCCGGACCUCCCGCCGCCGAGCCUCUUCCUGUUGCCGAAUUUCCCGCUGCCGGAACACUCACGGUCGACCCUCCUGCUGCCGAAUUUCUCGUUGCCGGACCUUCCGCAGUCGACCCUCCUGCUGCCGAAUUUCUCAUUGCCGGACCUCCCACCGUCGACCCUCCCACAGUCGACCCUCCUGCUGCUGAGCCUCGCGCCACCUCCUCGUUGCUGAAAGCGCCGACGUCUCUUGGCCAUUCAACUGGCGGUAGAUUUCAAGGCAAAGAUGUCACCUUGACGCAAACGCUUCUCCCGGACCGAGGUCCACUGAUGCCUGCCAUCGACGAGGGCGAGCGUGUUUUCAAGGACCUGCAAGCCGAGUCGCGCAGCCGUGAGCACAUUGACCACGACUACGACGACGUCCACGGCCACCGCAUACUGCGACUCAAGCCAACCAAGGCUCAAUGGCAAAACUUCACCACCGUGCUCGCCUACGCCAGGGAGCUCGGCGCCGACCGCGACGGCUGCUUCAAAGUCUCCAUCCCCGAAUGCCUGCGCGAUGAGCUCCCGAGAAAAGCGGUGGUGAAAGAGGCGGCGAACGCGUACAGAAUAAAGCAGAUCAGGAAGACGACCUUCUGGCAGGUCAGCACCGUGCCGUCCAAUGGCCAGUUUUGCUCCUCCAACCCGGAUCCCGACUUCUCCACCAGCGUGGACGCGGCCAUCAAGCAGCUCAGGAAGAUUUUCCGGGCCAGCAAGGAUAGGCAGAUGAGAAGCGUCCGGUACAGGGUCGACGUCCCCGCCUGGACGGCGGAGCAGAGGCGCGCGGCCGGAAUCCCGGAGAGGAGCCCGAUUCAUCCGCUCAAGGGAGACAAGCUCGACUGGACGAAAGCCAUCAUCCCGGGCAUCCACACGCCCUACGUUUACGAGAGCGGCUCGCACUUUGGCGCGACCUUUCAGAUUCACGCCGAGGACUUUCGACUCGCUUCCCUCAACCAUCUGUACAAGGGUCGCAAGAUCUGGAUCGUCGUCCCCGCCACGGCCGUCGACGUCGCCGAGAAGGCCCUCGGCCGGGGACAGGGUUGUUCGCAGUUCAUGCGCCACCGUGCCGAGUUCGUCUUCCCCGACAAGCUGGACAAGCUCGGGAUCCCGUAUCGUCUCGUCGACCAGCGGCCCGGCGAGACGGUCGUCAUCCUACCGGACGCGUACCACGAGGGUUUCAGCACCGGCUACACCAUCGCCGAGGCCAAGAACUACGCCGACGCCAACUGGGAUGCUCAUUCGUAUCAGCCGUGCGACGAGAGAUGCAAGCUCGUCACGGCCAUCCCCGAGGCGCUGAUGCGGCUCGUCGGGGAAGGCGAGGAGAGGCUGGAUUUGUGUCGCGCCUACGGAACCGGAAUCGAAGCCGUCGUCGUGCCAGAGCCAGCCGUCGCGAACAAACGACCUCGCGACGAACCGGGAGACGGCAGAGACGGAGCAGUGCCUUCGUCGGAGUUUGGCGCCUGCGGCGAGGAAUGGGGUACGAAGCGAAUGAAGCGAAUGGAUGAAUGCUAUCCGGUAUGA